CAUACCUGGUUCGUUUUAUGUUCCAUGUCCCCAUAGCGUUAUCAAGAUGCAAGAUUCCAACAAGAGUGGCGAUGACAUACUUUACCGGACACAGCACCAAAAGUUCAUGCGCCUACUUCCAGUUAUUGUGUGUAUUGCAAUUCUGGGCGCUGUUGGUAUCAUCGGCAAUAUUUUGGCGAUGAUAUUUUACACAACAAAGUCAAAACGAACCACGACUGUCAACUUGAUAAUAAUCCUUUCAAUAGUAGACUUUAUGGUGUGUUUACUGGUUAUUCCAAAUCUUGUUCUGGUAGUUUUAAACGUGGGAAACAACCAAACGUUUCUUUGCAAGGUGACAUUUUUUCUAAAUCAUUGGACCAUUGCAAGUUCAAUUAUUUUGUUAUGGGUCAUAUCAAUAGACAGGCAUAGAAGAAUCUGUAAACCUUUUGCUAAACAGAUCACAAUCCAUGCAGUCAAAUAUAUAGUUGCCGGUAUUAUCACAUUUUCAUUUGCACUUGGAAUUAGAAAUUUGAUCAUUUAUGACACAGUUGCUAUCGAAAUUUCAACAUCAAGUAUUAACAGGACUACAACUGGAUAUUGCUGUACAGUUACGGACGAUCCAGACUUAAAUAUUAUUGUUUAUUCUUUGAAUUCACUGGAUGUUCUUAUCAUCUUAGUAAUUUGGGUUACCAUCAUUGUGACAUAUUCGAAUGCAAUUUUUAUCUUGAUGAAGCAGAGACAUAGAAUGAAGCGGGAAUCGCCAAAAGUGCAACACAACAUCAAACGCAAACAGAGCAUAACGGAAACGAGCUCCGUCACAUGUGAUACCGAUGGUGGUAGAGACUGGAAUAUUUCAGAAGACCUUGAUGUAUCAAGAGGGGUGGAUAAGGAAAGUUCAUAUAGAGAUAAUAAUGAUAAAGCACAAGCGUCUCAGGAGGGAAGUCAUCGGCCUCCUGUGCUUACUCUCAAUCCGAGAGUGCUCACUGUCUGCAAUUUUUCAAAGCGAAAUGCAAAUGACAUAAUAAAGUCUGAUGUCAAACUCGUCGCGGUCAAAAGUGUCAUAGAAAGGAAUCUUACCAUUAUGAUGUUUGCGGCAUCAAUGGUUUUCAUUCUGUGUUUUGCACCUUACUUUGUGAUAAGAGUUAUCAUGAGGGUUUAUCUUGGUAUUGGGAUAGAUUUUGAAAUGAAAACAGGAAGCCAGUUUGCAUUACUAUUGCCAAUUCUAAACAGUGUCUUCAAUCCGGUCAUUUACUGUGUUUUCAAUCCCGACUUUAGGAAGUUCUUAAAAUGUGGAUUUUGACGGUUUUGACAAAAAUAAAUGCAAAGGCUAGUAUGAUCCACGUAAAAAUUAUAAAAUGCAGUUAUAGUUUUAAAUACUAAAUUACUAAAAUUUCAUUUUCCUGGAAUAUAUUUCGAAACUAUGAUCAUUGUGAAAAAUUGUCUAAAUAUUGAUCUUUGGUAAGGGAGGAUCUUGAUUAGAUGAUAUGUCAAAUUAUCACUUAUAGCGAAAAUGGACUCAUUUAGCGUGUUUCAAUGAGGACUACAACUGGAUAUUGCUGUACAGUUACGGACGAUCCAGACUUAAAUAUUAUUGUUUAUUCUUUGAAUUCACUGGAUGUUCUUAUCAUCUUAGUAAUUUGGGUUACCAUCAUCGUGACAUAUUCGAAUGCAAUUUUUAUCUUGAUGAAGCAGAGACAUAAAAUGAAGCGGGAAUCGCCAAAAGUGCAACACAACAUCAAACGCAAACAGAGCAUAACGGAAACGAGCUCCGUCACAUGUGAUACCGAUGGUGGUAGAGACUGGAAUAUUUCAGAAGACCUUGAUGUAUCAAGAGGGGUGGAUAAGGAAAGUUCAUAUAGAGAUAAUAAUGAUAAAGCACAAGCGUCUCAGGAGGGAAGUCAUCGGCCUCCUGUGCUUACUCUCAAUCCGAGAGUGCUCACUGUCUGCAAUUUUUCAAAGCGAAAUGCAAAUGACAUAAUAAAGUCUGAUGUCAAACUCGUCGCGGUCAAAAGUGUCAUAGAAAGGAAUCUUACCAUUAUGAUGUUUGCGGCAUCAAUGGUUUUCAUUCUGUGUUUCGCACCUUACUUUAUGAUAAGAGUUAUCAUGAGGGUUUAUCUUGGUAUUGGGAUAGAUUUCGAAAUGAAAACAGGAAGCCAGUUUGCAUUACUAUUGCCAAUUCUAAACAGUGUCUUCAAUCCGGUCUUUUACUGUGUUUUCAAUCCCGACUUUAGGAAGUUCUUAAAAUGUGGAUUUUGACGGUUUUGACAAAAAUAAAUGCAAAGGCUAGUUUGAUCCACGUAAAAAUUAUAAAAUGCAGUUAUAGUUUUAAAUACUAAACUACUAAAAUUUCAUUCUCCUGGAAUAUAUUUCGAAACUAUGAUCAUUGUGAAAAAUUGUCUAAAUAUUGAUCUUUGGUAAGGGAGGAUCUUGAUUAGAUGAUAUGUCAAAUUAUUACUUAUAGCGAAAAUGGACUCAUUUAGCGUGUUUCAAUGAGACACUCAAGAGCAUUUCAGAAAUUUCCAGUGCUGAACGGAGAUUUGAUCUCCGGACCUCUGGAUUAACAGUCAAGCGUGUCACCAAGAGACCAUCUCCAUUAAAAAAAAUUAUAUACCUUGUCGCAAAAGUCUUAGAAUUUUGUUUCAAAACUAAAGCUAAAUUUCGAUAAUAAGGUUUUGUUUUGUUUUGUUGGAUUUAACGUCGCAUCGACACAUGAUAGGUCAUAUGGCGACUUUCCAGCUUUUAGUGGUGGAGGAAGACCCUCCGUGCAUUAUUUCAUCACGAGCGGGCACCUGGGUAGAACCACCGACCUUCCGUAAGCCAGCUGGAUGGCUUCCUCACAUGAAGAAGCCAACGCCCCGAGUGAGGCUCGAACAUCGAUGAGGGGCAAGUGAUUUGAAGUUAGCGACCUUAACCACUCGGCCACGGAGGCCCCUAAUAAGGUUUUGUAAAAUAUAUAUUCCGAUAAUAUAAGAUGGACAAGCGAACGCGAGGAUAGUGCUACAAGAAGACCAACCUGAAAAAAAUAGCACAGUUUGAGAAACUAUCGUAAUACUGCCCGAGUCUUUAAUAGACAUGCCAAAUGAUGUUAAUUGUAAUAGGUUUUAAUAACAUAACACUGACAAUGUAUUUUAAAAACCGAUGAAAGAAGACACUCGCCACUACAUGUAUGCUUCGAACAAAGUCUAUAUACUGUUUGUCCUAAUAUAAAAUCCCGUCUAGUACGAAAUUAUUCACUGGAUUACUAACAGAAUCACUUAAUCAUCACUCGGGUGAUUAUAACAAAGACGUUAAGACAUCACUAAUGUGUCACAUAAAAUUCCUACAUAGGCAUCAAAGACACUUAGAAGUACAUUGUAUACUGUCUUGCACAAUACUGUUUAUUUGUAAGAUGUACAGUAUCAGCGAUUCCGUAUGUGCGUUAUUUUUCUUUGUUUUCUGUUGUUGUUGUUGUUGCUGCUGCUGCUGUUGUUGUUGUUGCAGCAAUAACAUUGCCAGCAGCCCUUGCAAAUUAUGAGGCUAAUAGAUAUUAUACUUGACGUUAGAAAUAUUAAGAACAACAUAAAUCAUAUGAAUCAAAAUUAGGACUGGAGGGAAUUUAAUUUGUCCUUUUAGAAUUUAAAAAUACUGCAUAGAGCAAUGUGUAUGGUUAUUCUUUGUUAUGAAAGCUAUAGUGUAAUGAUCAAUUACAAUGUGUCCAAGUGGCAAAUAUUUCCUUGAAUACGCAAAAUAUUUCUUAUAAAAUGUCAUGUCAGAAAAAUAAACAAGGCCAUUACUGGGAAGACAUCUCGUAAAAAAAUACUUUUAUUCAAGUACUCCUUUCAUCUAUUUAAAUGUUAAGUUUUAAUUGAUAAUAUAAAGUAUUUGUUGAAAGUAAAUGGAGACUUAACGUUAUUCAUAUCUUCUUAUAUCGACCCAUUGUUUUAUGUAAAAGAGAUAAAAUCGAAAUGAAGGAUUGUUGUAUAUCUUUUUGUGUAUUACAUUGUAAAAUAUGUAAUUGCCGUGGUUCAAUAUCCUGACACGAUAUAACCAUAUUAUAGUUUCAUAUUAGUUUCAUAUGUAAUUAUAUGUCUCCACGUGUUCAUAAAUUUCAUGCUAGAAUAAAUCUAGGACCAAGUUCACAUGUGAAAUGUUGCCUCUGUGUUCAUCCAGAAAAUGAUUAUUUAUGAAAAAUGUAUACACAUGUCAUUAUAUAUGUAUGUAUGGCAUAACUAUAGGUUACGUAUACCAUGAAUAUUUAAAGAUACCCAGUGCCCAUCUUUCAGUACAUGUUUUGUGUUUAGAUAUUUAGAUCUACUUCAACUGUUGAAAAUUCUCAUAAAAUGUAUUCAAUUUUACUUACACAGUUAUAUUUAAAAGAUAAAGUUGAAGAUGUUAGAUUACAAUAUUAAUUUAAUUAAUUAUAUAUUAAUUUAGAAUUGGGCCUAGAGUUGUUUUAUUUUUCUGUGCAUUUACUGUUACAGUAGGCCUAUACGAUGUAGACGAAUGACAUGACAUUUUCCACUUUUUCAAUUUCAAUAUCACGACAAAAUUCUCCACAUUUGAAUUCUAAUAACACGACGUACUUUACCUCUGAAUUUCAAUAUCACCAUUGUUACAAGUUAAGACCCUUUUAGCAUCUUUUGCAUCUUUCAGACCUUACACAUUGUCAAUAUUGAAAGUCUUAUCAUAGUUUAUCAUAUUUUUACUUGAAUCUAAUUAUUCGUGUUAAAUGGGUCAUAUGUUAAUGCAUCGUUUUUUUUGUGAAAAAGACAACUUUAGUCAAUUAAAUGGAAACAGACAACUUUAUUUUUGGCAUUUUAUUUAACAAUUUACUGCAGUCAAAGUCACUAUUUCACAAGAUCUAAAGUUGCGUCAAAUUGUCAAUGGAAAAUUUGACCCUUGGAAGCUUAUAAUCUUACCUAGUUGGCGGAAAAUAACAAAUGUAUAAACUGGUUUGUUACAAUCUACAUCAAUUUUCAACGCUACAUUCUAACCUGUCAUAUAUAGCUCAGUUUUAUGUAUUUAUAUCAUAUAAGUACUAUACACGAAAACUUAUGAUAAUUCUCUGACAAAGUUGAACAUCCAUUGAAGCAGUAUAAUUGUGUUGGGAGUUUUUGUACAUUUAUAUAUUUGGUAUGUUUACUUGUGUGAUGAGAUAUAUUGACAUGUUCAUAUAUUACUUAGACAUAUAGAGCUUCUCUUUUGUUGUAGAGAAAACCAUAUGUUAUCAAAUGAAUUCUUGUUGGGUUGAGUAUCAUUACUCAUAUGUAUAUCUCUUCUGUUCUGAUCUACAUUAAGUAGGGCAGUGCUUUUGAACGUAUUUAACAUAAAAAGGGAGCCUUUGCUGUUGAUGUUGGGACAAGGACCGACUUGUUCAAAUCUUUAUCUACUAAUUUAGCCCUUCCAUGCUUUGUUUGAUUGAUUUUGCCUUUGCAGCCGGUGUAGAUCAUGAUCUACAACUAUUAAGCCAGUAUCAUUUUGGUAAGCACACCUUUCAACAGUUAAUGGUGCUGUCCAAAUACGGAAAUGGACAAGUUCAUUAUAAACAUUUAGCAAGGUAAGGGGUUAAGCUAUCCAGUGAUUAACUUUGUUCUUAUCUGUGUAUGAUAAUACAUAAUAAUUCUAAUUGUAACAAUAUUAUUUGCGAAAAUCAGAGCGGUGCAGGCAUUUUGGACGUUUUGAAAGUUGGAAUUAUGGCAUUGAUAAUAGGGAAAGACUUUUGUUUAGGGACACCAAAAGUAGUCGCAUGUAAUAAACAUAUUAUUCUUUUGUAUUUUUUAUAAUUAGGUGAAGGACCUAUUAUUACGAUAAGCCAAUUCACAUUUUAACCUGUCAAUGUAUGAUAUCCUUAAAUUGUACUUUAUAUUACUGAUUAAUGCCUAUUGUUUGAUAGAUUUUAUAUAGUGGCAUACAUGUUUUACAAUCUGCUCUUUUUUCUUUUUAUAUAUCGAUUUGACAUCUUUCCUUAAUUAUUCAAUUUUCCAUCUGUAUGUUAGAUUCACAUAUUAGUAUCCAGAUCGGUUGUACAGAAAAUUGAAAUUUCUUCAAGUUUCUAGUCAAAAGGCACAAAUUCCUUAUUUAAAAUGAGGAAACAUGAUAAGAAAACCAUAAAUGUUACAAUAGCACAUGCACAAAAUUCACUGUAAGGCCAUACCAAAUUGAUUUGUCGUUCGUCGGAACUACCGCAUCAAUGAUUUCAUUCCCGAGAAAAAGAAAAAAAAAAUUCACCCGCCCGCACGUACAUAAAAAUCGCCGAAAUUUUUUUUUUUUUUUUCUGAUUACGCGGUCCGGAAUGAUAACGGUAAACAGGUUUUAUCGCUGUUUUAAUGCGUCAAAGUGAUAUUGACCGGAAUCCAUGCGUUCGUAAUACAUGUAGCUGAUGACACAAACUCAAAAAGUCAGGAAUUAUGGUGUUGUUCAUCAUUUGUUUUAAAUCUGAAGUGUCUGUGCUAGUGCCACACAUGGCCUUCGAUGUGCCGGUAGGUGAUGAAGUAGGCACGUUCUACGAUUGUUCAAAUUAUACGGUGAAAAGUACAAAGCCGGACUUGUAAGACGUGCACGGCCACGGGGAUUCAAAUUGAAAAUAUUUGGAUUAAACAUAGAAAUAUUGUUCAGAUAAAGUUUUCAAACCAUUUGUUAUUAGUGUGUUUAGUUAAAUAUUUUAGAUCUAGAGCCAAAGCCAGUGCUUUCUUAUAAAAAAAAGUUUGUUCACAGAUCCUGACUGAUCCAUCACAUUAAUUGUCUCGGGCCCAAAUUGUUUUGAACGUAACUUCUUUAGUAUGGCAGUCAGAUAUUCUAUCAAAAUGCAUAUAUUCAUUUUUAAAAAAUGUUUAGCUUUUCAAAUAAGUUGUGUAGAUAUAAAAAAUAAUUUCUGUCGUAUUGUAACCCCAAUUUUCCUGGUUUGAAUAUUAAUUGGCUGUGAAUUGAUUGAAAGAAAGAAUCUGAAAAAAACAGACCUUCCCAACUCAAAAUUUCUUGGUCAAUCAAAGCACAACAAAUAACACUUUUAAUGAGUGGCCAUAUUGGGAUCAUUUUUUGUCCGUCUGUUAUCAUUUUUGACUGAAAUGAACCUCUACCACAAAAACUUAAGCUAAGUUUAUCUGUUAAGAAAUUAUUCCAGUGGAUUCGAGCAAUGUCGAAGCAUUUGUGUGCCCAACUCCGUUUGGUCUCAUUGGUCAAGUGAAUUAUUACUUUCCCCUCACCUCUGCCGUUUGGAGUUUCACUAGGGGCACAAAGUUGCUCAUGUGUCAAAGCCAUCUAACUGGGUUUCGGAAGAUAUGUUAUUCCGCUUGGGUGCCUGUUUUGUCUUAAAUAUUCGUCAUCCUCUGCCGUUAAAUGGGCACGCCUUCAGAUUAAUGUAGAACAAUCAAAAUUAAAAAUAAGACACUCAUCCCUCAGUAAUUAUAAAAACAAAAUAAAAACAAAGUGAUUCAAUGAGUUUUAGCAAGAAUUUAUUUACAAAACCAUUCAUGUAGUCUUUAAAACAUACAGAAAAGCUAUCUACUGUCUUAGACACACUGUAAAUAUUUAAGUUCUGUGUUAUUCUUAAAGAAAUGUUAACUUCAUGUAUAAUCAUAACUGCAAAAAAAAAAAAAAAUACCCGCUCGCUCCAUGUAAAAGCUUCCCGCCUCUGAAAAAAUCAAAAUUGAGAAAAAAAAAAUUCGCUCGCUCGCUCCCAUUUUUUUUGAAAAUUUUCCGAAGAACUAUUAAUCAAUUUGGUAUGGCCUAAGCACACCAAGACUGAAUUUUUUAAUCAGGUAUUAUGAGCUAUUUUAUGGCCAUAAAAAAGCUGUCAAAACGUCUGACUCUAUGUUAAUUUCUAUGUGUGAUAGAUGAGCAAUAAAUAUUCAGUUACCUACAAAAAAUAAUGAUAUUCGUUUUCACUCUAAAUUUGAUUUGUGCUAUGUAUUUUCACAUUUUUUGUAUGUUAUAAUGUCUAUAAAUCUAUUUGUGAUAAAUAAGCAAUAAUUUUUCAAUUACUACUUAAAGACAUCUAAUCGUGAUAUAUGUUUUAUUUCUAACUUUGAAUUGUGCUCUGUAUUUACACAUUUUUGUAUAUUAUAACGUUUGUCAGAUAUUGUGUGGGUGUCUGUUGUAAUAAAACUGGUAUGAAAGAACCU